CAUUUCCGCCAGGCUCACACAACUUGGUUGAGGAAAAUAGCGUUGUUAUGGUAACCGGUUGUUCGUUUACAAUGAGCUGGCUGUUAGUUGGUAGUUUCGGGAUACAAAUGCUUUGUUUUACAUAAUAUAAGUUGAGUACUUAUAGUUUUCCAUUAGUCAACUAACAAUUGUAGGUAAUUAUCUUUGAAUAUGGAAGAACCUGAUACGUUGGAACACACAUAUAUCAUCAGGCCGAAUUAUCAGCACAAGUUUAAGGUGGGGGUGGUGAAGGAAUGUAUCCGAGAGGUUCUGAAAGAACAGCUUGGAGGCACAUCGUAUAACCCGCAGCUCAUCUCAACUCAGUGUCGUUCAGUUGCUGACUGUAUCAAGGAGAAACUCAAAGACCUGGGUUUUGACCGAUACAAGCUGGUUGUGCAGGUGGUGAUCGGAGAACAGCGAGGAGAAGGAGUUAAGAUGGCUGCCCGAUGCUUCUGGGAUGCUGACACUGAUGGCCACGCCCAGGAUAUGUUCAUGAAUGACAGCCUGUUCUGUGUGGCUGCUGCAUUUGGCUGCUUCUACUACUGAGCACAGAGAGAGCGGCUGUCAGCCAGCGACGCAGCGCGACUGGGCAUGUCUGCUGCAGACUGCGCAUCAUCCACAGACAGCAGCGCUCCACAGCACGUCGGAUAUAACACACGGCCCGCCUCCUCUCUGCUCAACCUGCUAGGAACCUGCCACCCGCUUGCAGGAAGUAAAGGACAAAUGAGAGGCGUGAUGCUGACGAUGGCACGUGCUCUGGAACUGCGUGCACACAGCCCUGGUAGCCGUACAUAUUCUGUAUAAUUCAUGAAGCUUUCAGAAGCUCAGAAUAAAGUGCUAAAAAGACAGAAUUAUUCCAACACAAGUGCUGACAGGACAACAGAGGACCACUUGUGCUAAAAGAAUGCUGAAUGUUAAAUGUGAAAUUUUUUUUUUCCCUGAUCUAAUAUAUUUGUUAUAUUCUCUCCAGUCUUCUGGUCACAUCUAUCACUUCUGCACAAAGUAUUGAGGUAUUAUCUACUUUAUAUCAGUUUAUUACAUUAUCUACUACAUUAUGUAAACUUCAGUCUUUUAAAGCUGCAGUAAGUAACGUUCACAAUGGUUGCGGUGUUGCAAAAUCAUCGGUAAAAUCAUAACGCCCAUUGGCCCUGCCCAGAGAGAAAGAGACACUCUCCCACCCCCCUGCUUCUCCAUGCACCUUGUAUUCAAUGUGUAUCAACAUUUCUAGCCAUGACUCUUCUGCAAAGAGGGUUACAGGACCACAGACUGGUAUAAUGUUAGCUACACUAAAAAUGUCAGCUCCAAGAGUCCCGGUAAAACAACAGAAUCUUUUUAGUUCUUGCAGUGGUUACCCGUAACACAAUAAAACAUCUUCCAUUUAGUCGCA